GCUUUUCUUUCCACACAAAAAGAUUGCAACACACAAGUAGCACUCAGAAUCACCAAAGCAACACUCUCCUAUAUCCUAUGCUAAUUUUCAAAACCCCUUCCAUGGCUCACCAAUCUCACCAUAACACCCAGAUUAUUUCUCCUCAACCUUCCAAACUCAACAAACCCCACCACCCCAAAGCCAACAAAAUCAUGGAGCAAGAACACAAAGACCAUAGCAUCAAAGAUAGUAACACCAAGACCAAGACACUUGGACCAACCCCAUCAAAAGUUGAAGCAUUGGAUGAGGAUAGUGGACGUGAGAGGCUGAAGAGGCAUAGAAUCGAAGUUGCUGGAAGGGUUUGGAUUCCUGAAAUAUGGGGGCAAGAGGAGCUCUUGAAGGAUUGGAUCGAUUGCUCAGCAUUCGAUGCUCCUUUGGUUCCCAACAGAAUCGUUAUGGCACGUGCCGCCUUGGUUGAAGAAGGAAGAAGGGCCACAUCGGGUGGGUUAAGAAUCGAGAACAGGUGUUGAGCUUUAUAUAUAUAUAUAUAUAUGUUGUUAUUGGUUAUGUAUGAAACGUGUUUUUGUUAAUCCUGAUGAUGCUAUAUUAUCCCUUUUGUUUUGGAUAUUUAUACAUCUUUGGAAGCAGUUGAUACAUUACAGAAAUAAAAUAUUAAUGCGACUUCCCAAAUCUGUUACUGUGUACAAAGCCACAUUAAUUGGUUCAAUUCAUCUAUACUUGUCUUUGA